UAAAAUGGGAGGGCUGAAUGAUGUUGAUAAGAGUUUGAGGGUUUAUUUGUAUUUACCUAAUCCUUUUCCGUAAGCGAGCCAAUUCCCGAUCCUCCAUAGACAAGGAGCAUAAUUUCUCAUCAGUAAUUGCAAGUCAUAGCCAAGUCUUCAUACGUGAAGCCGGCGGGAAAACGUCGCUAACGUUGCGAGUCACAGCUUAGGGCUCAAUCAAAUUCCGACGCCUGAGCUAAACCCUAAAAAUGGACAGUGCAUUCGCCAGUGCCUCUGCGAUUAGCGACCAGCGCCAGAAGAUUGAACAGUACAAGCACAUUCUUUCCACUGUGCUAUCCUCAAACGACAUCGUUCAGGCCAAGCGCUUCAUUGAUCACAUGCUAUCGGACGAUGUGCCGUUGGUGGUAUCACGCCAACUUGUACAGACGUUUGCCCAAGAAUUGGGGAAGCUGGAACCGGAGUUUCAGAAGGAAAUUGCAAAUUAUACGCUCACCCAGAUUCAGCCAAGGGUGGUUUCGUUCGAAGAGCAGAUGUUGAUUAUUAGAGAGAAACUUGCAGAACUGUACGAGUCUGAACAACAGUGGUCUCGAGCAGCCCAGAUGCUCAGUGGCAUUGAUCUGGACUCUGCAAUGAGAGUUGUUGAUGACACUUUCAGACUUUCAAAAUGUGUACAAAUAGCACGCUUGUAUCUUGAGGAUGAUGAUGCUGUAAAUGCUGAAGCUUUUAUGAACAAAGCAUCUUUUUUGGUCAGCAACAGCAAAAAUGAAGUGUUAAAUUUGCAGUACAAGGUCUGUUAUGCUAGGAUAUUAGAUUUGAAAAGGAAGUUUUUGGAAGCUGCCCUGCGUUAUUAUGACAUUUCACAGAUUGAGAAGCGGCAAAUCGGAGAUGAAGAAAUUGACGAAGCAGCCCUUGAGCAAGCUCUAACUGCUGCAGUAACAUGCACAAUUUUGGCUGCAGCUGGCCCUCAACGUUCUCGCGUACUUGCUACUUUAUACAAAGAUGAGCGCUGCUCAAAAUUGAAGAUUUUUCCAAUCUUGCAGAAGGUCUAUCUUGAGAGAAUUCUUAGAAAACCCGAAAUCGAUGCUUUUGCUGAAGAAUUAAAACCACACCAGCAAGCACUACUGCCGGAUAACUUUACUGUUCUGGAUCGUGCUAUGAUAGAACAUAACCUCCUGAGUGCAAGCAAACUUUAUAGAAACAUUAGCUUUGAAGAGUUGGGCACACUGUUAGGAAUUCCUUCUCAAAAGGCUGAAAAAAUAGCAUCAAGAAUGAUUUGUGAAGAUAGAAUGAAGGGAUCUAUUGAUCAGGUUGAAGCUGUUAUACAUUUUGAGGAUGACACUGAGGAGUUGCAACAAUGGGAUCAGCAGAUCGUCGGCUUGUGUCAAUCUCUUAAUGAUGUUCUUGAUAGCAUGGCAAAGAAGGGUCUACCUAUUCCCAUCUAAAUCUUUCACGGCUCCUCAAUCAGCUGCAGUUUCUUGCAGUUUGCGUUGUCUAUAUUCUAUGUACUUAAAACCAAAUUUCACGACUUUACAUAUUUUUGUCCUGCAAAUUGGCACCCUUACUGUGAAUGAGCCUUUCAUGAGGAUAUGAUCGGGUUCUUGAAACAGCUUUUUUGUAACUAGGAAGGUCAUUAGAGUUUCGCUUGUACACUUUCUUAUACUCCGUAUUUAAUUUCAAGGACAACCAAGUGUUCUGGCAUGAAAUCUAUCUCUAGACAUUGCAAUAAUAGUUUUGUGAAGAUCUGCAGGGUAGCUACCCGGGGCAGGGGGCGGUGAAGUAGGGCUUGUCCCGGCCCUCACUUAAUAAAAGUCGAAUAAGGGGUGGGGAAGAGCGGAGGUUUUUAAGACAUCAUUGUAGUGAGGUCCACUGAAGUAUUGAUGGUUUUCUCUUAACAGUCGUAACUCGUAAGUUGUUAUAUCGUGAACAUGGUACUCCCUACGUUAGCAAUUAUGUAAAUACUAAAUAGGUAUGCUUUGGUGUACCACUGUACGUCUGUACCUCGUGUCAUAUUUUAUUAAAUGUAAAAUGUCAUUAAAAAAGAUGGAGUACUAUUUAUUGAUACAAAAGUUAAAUGAUUCAUAUAAAUGACUUCAUA